AUGGAUACCCAAAAUCCCUGCAAGACUGGCAUUGUUGACUAUGAAUUGGGUAUGCCCAUUGGCAAGGCUGUUGCGACCCCGGCGCCAUGCAUUGCAAAGCUGGACCCGUUCGGAGACGAAAGCGAUGCUGGUUUGAAGUAUAAAACAAUGACCUGGUGGGGCAUAUUGACGAUCGUUGCUGUUGGCAUCAUCUCCAUCUACACCGGCUUUACUAUUGGUAACCUCAAGAGCCAUUUCAUGCAGAUCCACAGCAUGGCAGAUGCUGGGGGUCUCUUGAUGGGACGGGCAGGCCAGCUGGCUCUGGGAAUUGCCCAAAUUAUCUUUUACAUCUUCGUCAUGGGCAGCCACGUGCUGACGUUUUCUAUCAUGAUGAAUGUUCUCACCGACCAUGCCAGUUGUACACUCUUGUACUCUGCCCUGGGCUUGCUGGUCUCAUUUAUCUUGACCCUUCCGCGGCAACUUGAAAAGCUCUCACACUUGUCAUCAGUCAGCUUUGUGAGCAUCGUGAUGGCAAUUCUGGUCACCAUGAUCAGUAUAGUCGUCUCCAAAGGAAGUCCGGCCACUAUACCUCUCGUCUCUCCUGCUCCCGCGAUGCAUGAGGCAUGCCUGGCAAUUGCAAACAUUGUCUUUGCAUAUGCCGGCCAUGUAGCCUUUUUCACCAUGUUUUCUGAAUUGCAGGAGAUCAAAGAUUAUCCUCGAGCAUUGACUCUGCUGCAUUUGUGCGAGAUGAUUCUGUAUACCAUCACUGCAAUUGUCAUUUAUGCAUAUGUUGGCCCGGCCGUCACAUCACCUGCCCUGAACUCUGCUGAUUACCUCUAUCGGAAGAUUUCCUGGGGUAUAGCCAUUCCAACGGUAUGUAUUGAGUCAAUGCGGAAGUGA